AUAUUACCACAUACAGAGUCACGCGACAUCUUCGAAAACCCGAGAAGGAAAACAAAAAUUAGGAAACGAAUCCAAAGAAGGGAAAGAAAUAAAAAUGAAAUUCAUAGAAUAGCUUAGGGUUUGACUGAACGCACCAGAGAGUGCGAACCCCAAAGCCGAAUAACACCCGAUUCCGGCAACUUCGGACCUCUCCGGCACGCCGAUCGCUUCAUUGGUUGAACCAUUUGCCUCACGCCAAACAUCCGCGGAGGUCCACUUCGUGUUAGCAGCGGAAACAUCUGGUUUAGAGAGAGAAAGCUGUCGAAUCUAGAGAGAAAGUGUGGGGGGAGAGGGAGGGAGUGUUGGGGUUUUUGAACGUUAGGAUCGUGGGACAAAAUAGGUGUUCUUUACUUUUGAAAGGGGUUGGGAUGGGUUGAUUUGGGUGUUUUUGAUCUUGGGUUUUUGUCUUUUUCGUUUUUUUUUUUUUUGGUUUUUGUUUUUUGUGCAUGCAAUCUGGGGGUGGGCCGCAGCAAGGCCGCGGGGCCGCCGGAGGUGGCGUCGGCGGUGGAGCCCCUGGUCGGAGUCCGGGUUCGUCGGCAUCACCGUCUUCUUCGUCAUCUGCAGUGUCAACGCCGCACUUUGGAUUUGAUUCGAUGCAGCAGCAACAGCAUCAGCGGCAGCAGCAGCAGAUUGGGUCUAGGCAGUCAUUACAGCAACAAUUACUAAGAAAACCAGAAGGAAAUGAAGCUCUUCUAGCAGCAUAUCAAGCUGGUGGUCUCUCUGGAAUCAUGGGAGGAAGCAAUUUUGCUUCGUCUUCUGGCUCCAUUCAAAUGCCUCAACAGCCCAGAAAAUUUAUUGAUUUGGCUCAACAACAUGGUUCCUCUCACAUCCGAGAUGAGGGACAGAAUAAGAAUCAAGGCGUUGAGCCACAAAUGCUUAAUCCAGUUCAUCAAGCCUAUUUGCAAUUCGCUUUACAGGCUGCCCAGCAGAAGUCAGCCAUGGGAAUGCAAUCACAGCAGCAAGAUAAAAUGGGAUUAGUGGGCCCUUCAUCUGGGAAGGACCCGGACAUGCGGAUGGGAAACCCAAAAAUGCAGGAACUCAUUCCUAGUCAGGUGGUGAACCAUGCUCAGGUGUCGUCAUCCAAGAAAUCAGCGGAACACUUUGUUCGCAGUGAGAAGCAGAUGGAGCAAGGACAGCAGCCAUCCUCUGAUCAGAGGAAUGAGCCAAAGCCUCCCAGCCAGCCGACAACUAUGGGACAUAUUGGAAGGCCUAUGCAGGCACCGCAGGCUCAACAUGGCAUCCAAAAUAUGUCAAACAACCAGCUGGCAAUGGCGGCGCAGAUGCAAGCAGUGCAGGCCUGGGCACUUGAGCGCAACAUUGACCUGUCGUUACCUGCAAAUGCCAAUUUGCUGGCUCAGCUAAUUCCACUCAUGCAAUCUAGGAUGGUUUCACAGCAAAAAUUAAAUCAGAACAAUGCGGGUGUACAGGCAUCUCCAGUUGCAAUAUCAAGGCAGCAAGUUGCCUCGCCUCCUGUCGGAAGUGAAAAUUCUCCCCAUGCUAAUUCAUCAAGUGAUGUGUCUGGGCAGUCUGGCUCUGCAAAAGCCAGGCCGACCGUUUCACCUGGUCCUUUUGGAUCAACUCCAAAUUCUGCAAUAGUUAACAAUACCAACAACAAUCCAGUGCAGCAGUUUGCCGUUCAUGGCCGAGAGAACCAGCUUGCUCAAAGACAGUCGAUUGUGAUUGGAAACGGGAUGCCUCCUAUGCAUCCUCCACAGCCAUCUGUGAGUGCUAGCCAGGGUGUGGAUCAAUCUUUGCUUGUGAAAAAUACCUUAACUGGUGCAGAAGCUGUCCAAAUGCAACACCUCAGGCAGUUGAAUCGAUCAUCUCCUCAAUCUGCAGUUCAGUCAAAUGAUGGGAGCUCGGGGAGCCAGUUAUCAUCUCAGAGUGGACCAGCAAACCAGAUGCCACAACAGCGUUUUGGUUUCACUAAACAGCAGCUCCAUGUUCUUAAAGCACAAAUUUUAGCAUUUAGGCGUCUAAAGAAAGGGGAUGGUACUCUCCCACAAGAACUUCUUCAAGCAAUUGCACCACCGCCCCUUGAAUCGCAGCUACAACAGGUUUGUCUUCCUGCAGGCUCAAUUAAUCAGGAUAGAUCUGCUGGGAAAAAUGUGGAUGACCAUGCAAGGCAAGUGGAUACCAUUGAGAAAGAUCCACAGGCUGUGCCCUCAAGUAAUGGGCAGAAUCUUUCAAAAGAGGAUGCUUUUGUUGGAGAUGAGAAAGCAACUGCAUCAACAAGUCAUAUGCAGGGUAAAACUGCUGCACUGAAGGAGCCUGUAUCAGUGGUAUCUGCUGGAAAGGAGGAGCAACAGGGUACAACAGUUGUUAAGUCAGAGCAAGAAAUUGAACGUGGCAUUCAGAAAACUCCUGUUAGAAGUGAUACAACCAUUGACAGGGGCAAGGCAGUUGCACCACAGGUUUCAGUAUCUGAGGUGGUGCAAGCCAAAAAACCUGUACAGGCAAGUAAUGCAUCCCAGCCAAAAGAUGCUGUCUCAACUAGAAAGUAUCAUGGACCGCUAUUUGAUUUCCCAUUUUUCACUAGGAAACAGGACUCCUUUGGGUCAGCAAUACCUGUUAACAACAAUAAUAAUUUGACAUUGGCAUAUGACCUCAAAGAUCUUCUCUUUGAGGAAGGCAUGGAAGUGCUACACAAGAAAAGGACAGAAAAUAUAAAUAAGAUUGGUGGCUUAUUAACUGUAAAUUUAGAGAGGAAAAGGAUUAGGCCAGAUCUCGUUUUACGGCUGCAAAUUGAAGAAAAGAAGCUUCGACUCUUAGAUCUUCAGGCACGUUUAAGGGAUGAAGUUGAUCAACAACAACAGGAGAUAAUGGCAAUGCCGGACAGGCCAUAUCGGAAGUUUGUUCGGCUUUGUGAACGUCAACGCAUGGAUCUCUCAAGGCAAGUACAGGCCACUCAGAAAGCCAUGAGAGAGAAGCAACUGAAAUCGAUUUUUCAGUGGCGUAAGAAGCUUCUUGAGGCUCAUUGGGCCAUCCGUGAUGCACGGACUGCCCGCAACAGGGGAGUUGCCAAAUAUCACGAGAGAAUGUUGAGGGAGUUUUCAAAACGAAAAGAUGAUGAUCGCAAUAAACGGAUGGAGGCACUGAAGAAUAAUGAUGUAGAGAGGUAUAGGGAAAUGUUGAUGGAGCAGCAGACUAGCAUCCCAGGUGAUGCUGCUGAGAGAUAUGCUGUUCUCUCAUCAUUUUUGACUCAGACAGAAGAGUAUCUCCACAAAUUGGGGAGUAAAAUAACAGCUGCAAAGAAUCAGCAGGAAGUGGAGGAGGCUGCAAAUACUGCCGCAGCUGCUGCAAGAGCACAGGGUCUGUCAGAAGAAGAAGUGAGGACAGCAGCAACUUGUGCUGGAGAGGAAGUUAUGAUAAGAAAUCGGUUCUCUGAAAUGAAUGCACCCAAAGAUAAUUCAUCUGUUAACAAGUAUUAUACACUUGCGCAUGCUGUGAAUGAAAGGGUCAUGAGGCAGCCCUCAAUGUUGCGGGCUGGAAUGUUGCGAGACUAUCAACUUGUUGGGUUGCAGUGGAUGCUUUCUUUAUAUAACAACAAACUGAAUGGGAUUUUGGCAGAUGAGAUGGGUCUAGGAAAGACUGUACAGGUAAUGGCAUUGAUUGCUUAUUUGAUGGAGUUCAAGGGGAACUAUGGCCCACAUCUUAUUAUUGUUCCAAAUGCUGUUUUAGUAAACUGGAAGAGUGAGUUGCAUAAUUGGCUACCAUCUGUGUCCUGCAUUUUUUAUGUUGGUGGAAAGGAUCAGAGGUCGAAAUUAUUUUCUCAAGAAGUUUGUGCAAUGAAGUUUAAUGUCCUUGUGACAACUUAUGAGUUCAUCAUGUAUGAUCGUUCAAAACUUUCAAAAGUUGAUUGGAAGUAUAUUAUAAUCGAUGAAGCACAACGAAUGAAAGACAGGGACUCAGUUCUAGCACGUGAUCUCGACAGAUAUCGCUGCCUGAGGCGCCUUCUUCUCACAGGGACUCCAUUACAGAAUGAUUUGAAAGAACUCUGGUCCCUUCUAAAUCUGCUGCUUCCAGAAGUUUUUGAUAAUCGAAAAGCAUUUCAUGAUUGGUUCUCGCAACCCUUUCAAAAAGAGCCUACUCAUAAUGCGGAGGAUGAUUGGCUUGAAACUGAAAAGAAGGUGAUCAUUAUCCACCGAUUACAUCAAAUUCUGGAGCCUUUUAUGCUUAGACGUCGUGUUGAGGAUGUGGAAGGCUCGCUUCCACCCAAGGUCUCUAUUGUUUUGAAAUGUAGAAUGUCAGCCAUUCAGGGUGCAAUUUAUGAUUGGAUUAAAUCGACAGGGACACUGCGAGUUGAUCCUGAAGAUGAGAAGCGUAGGGUUCAAAAGAAUCCAAUUUACCAGGCUAAAAUAUAUAGAACUUUAAACAACAGAUGUAUGGAGCUCCGGAAAACCUGCAAUCAUCCUUUGCUUAAUUACCCAUAUUUUAAUGAUUUCUCAAAGGAUUUCCUUGUUAGAUCAUGUGGGAAAUUGUGGAUCCUGGAUAGAGUUCUUAUAAAACUCCAGAGAACAGGCCAUAGGGUUCUGCUCUUCAGUACCAUGACAAAACUCCUUGAUAUAUUGGAGGAAUAUUUACAGUGGCGGAGACUUAUCUAUAGACGGAUUGAUGGAACAACAAGUUUAGAAGAUCGUGAAACUGCUAUAGUGGACUUCAACAGUCCUGAUUCUGAUUGCUUUAUAUUCCUUCUUAGUAUUCGUGCUGCUGGAAGGGGCCUUAAUCUGCAGUCUGCUGACACAGUGGUCAUUUAUGAUCCUGAUCCAAAUCCUAAAAAUGAGGAGCAGGCAGUUGCUAGAGCCCAUCGCAUUGGACAGACGAGGGAGGUUAAGGUCAUUUACAUGGAAGCAGUUGUUGACAAAAUCUCAAGCCAUCAGAAGGAGGAUGAAUUCAGGAGUGGAGGUACAGUUGAUAUGGAGGAUGACCUUGCAGGUAAGGAUAGGUAUAUGGGGUCUAUUGAGAGCCUAAUAAGGAAUAAUAUUCAGCAGUAUAAGAUUGACAUGGCAGAUGAGGUUAUCAAUGCUGGACGUUUUGACCAGCGGACAACCCAUGAAGAGAGGCGUUUAACUUUGGAGACAUUACUGCAUGAUGAGGAGAGGUAUCAAGAAACUGUCCAUGAUGUUCCCUCACUGCAGCAGGUAAAUCGUAUGAUUGCUAGGAGUGAAGAAGAAGUUGAGCUUUUUGACCAAAUGGAUGAAGAACUGGAUUGGGCUGAAGAGAUGACGAGGUAUGACCAGGUCCCUAAGUGGCUUCGAGCCAGUUCUAGAGAAGUGAAUGCUACCAUUGCUAAUUUGUCAAAAAAACCAUCAAAGAACAGUUUAUUUGGUGGUAAUAUUGGCGUUGAUAGUGGUGAAAUUCAUUGUGAUUUAUCUUCAAAGACAGAGAGGAAAAGGGGUCGGCCCAAGGGAAAAAAGUUUCCUAAUUAUGCAGAGUUGGAUGAUGAAAAUGGAGAAUUCUCUGAAGCAAGUUCAGAAGAGAGGAAUGCUUAUUCUGUUCGUGAAGAAGAUGGAGAAAUUGGAGAGUUUGAAGAUGAAGAAAUUAGUGGUGCUGUUGGGGCAGCACCAAUGAAUAAGGAUCAAUCAGAAGAUGAUGGUCCAGUUUGUGAUGGUGGGUAUAACUAUCCUCGAGCUUCAGAAAGCACUCGAAACAAUCAUAUACUUGAAGAGGCUGGCUCCUCGGGAUCAUCCUCUGACAGUCGAAGAUUGACACAGAUAGUGUCUCCUAUUUCUUCUCAAAAAUUUGGGUCUCUGUCUGCAUUAGAUGCUAGGCCAGGUUCUCUAUCAAAAAAACUGCCAGAUGAACUAGAGGAGGGGGAAAUUGCUGUAUCAGGAGAUUCUCACAUGGAUCAUCAGCAGUCUGGAAGCUGGGUUCAUGAUCGCGAUGAAGGUGAAGAUGAACAGGUUUUACAACCCAAAAUAAAACGGAAGCGUAGCAUUCGGCUUCGGCCUCGCCAUACUGUAGAAAGGACAGAAGACAAGUCUAGCAAUGAGAAGGCACCUCUCCAGCGAGGAGACUCAUCUCACUUGCCUUUCCAAGUGGACCGUAAAUAUGAAGCGCAGUUGAGGGCUGAUUUGGAGUCCAAAACAUCUGUAGAGUUUCAUGCUUUCAAGCACGAUCAAAGUGAGUCAUCUGUGAAGAGUAGGCGUAUUUUACCUCCAAGGAGAAAUGUCAAUGCCUCAAAGUUACAUGCUUCGCCAAAAUCCAGCAGGUUGAAUUCUGUCCCUGCAGAAGAUGCUGCUGAACACUCCAGAGAAAGUUGGGAAGGCAAAGUUACCACUGCAAGUGGAACUUCUAAUUUUGGCAUAAAGAUGUCUGAGAUCAUUCAGAGAAAAUGCAAGAAUGUAAUAAGCAAGCUUCAAAGGAGAAUUGAUAAAGAAGGUCAUCAAAUUGUACCUUUAUUAACCGAUUUGUGGAAGAGGAGUGAAAAUCCUGGUUACUUGGGUGGGGCUGGGAAUUAUCUCUUGGACAUCCGAAAGAUUGAUCAGCGGGUAGACAGAUUAGAGUACCAUGGAGUGAUGGAUUUUGUGUUAGAUGUGCAGUUCAUGCUGAAAAGUGCGCUACAGUUUUUUGGCUUCUCACAUGAGGUGAGAACUGAGGCAAGGAAGGUUCAUGAUCUCUUUUUUGAUAUCAUGAAGAUUGCAUUUCCAGAUUCAGAUUUUCGAGAGGCUAGAAAUGCGCUCUCUUUUUCUGGGCCAUUAAAUACAACUGCCUCUGCUCCGUCUCCAAGACAGGCAACUACUGGCCAAAGCAAGCGACACAGGCUAAUAAAUGAGGUGGAACAUGACCCAAGCCCUCCCACAAAGCCACUGUCACGUGGGUCGAAUUGCACUGGUGAAGACAUGAGGCCUAGAAGCCAUGUGCCCCAGAAAGAGUCGAGGCUUGGAAGCAGCAGCAGCAGUCGGGAGCAAGUUCAUCAAGACGAUUCUCCACUUCUCACUCAUCCAGGGGAGCUGGUUAUCUGCAAGAAGAGGAGGAAAGACAGAGAAAAGUCAGCAGCAAAGUCUAGGACUGGGUCUGUUGGGCCUGUAUCGCCCCCCAGCAUGAGUCGUAGUAUUAGAAGUCCAGGUCCCAGUUCAAUCCAAAAGGAUAUGAGAUCGAGUCAGCAAACAGUGCCUCAGCAAGGGUGGGCCAACCAACCAGCUCAGCAGCUGAAUGGUGGUGGGAAUGUGAGCUGGGCAAAUCCCGUUAAGAGGAUGAGAACGGAUGCUGGGAAGAGGCGGCCAAGCCAUUUAUGACUUUAAAGGUUAGUGUAUGAUGUAAUGUAAUAGAAAAGGGGAGAAAUAAUGUUGCUAUUACUCUCAUGUGGCAUCAGGUGGGAAUGUAUUAGCGGCCUUUCUGGCCCCAUACUAGUUCAUCGAGCUCAUACUUGCUGUCAAUAUAGUGUAGGCAUUGCCUGCUCAUUGUAUCUUACUGCCCAUUGCAUGAUUUCAGUCUGAUGACUAGCUGCACCUCGCAGGCAUUAUUUUGUUAUAAUGUGCUUCAUUAGAUCAAAGUUUUUGUAAAUUAUAUUUCCAUUUGUAGUUAAUUUUUCCC